AUCUGGGGUAGUUUCCACAGCAGUUUCUGUUAUGAUGCAUUAUUGUAUAACUUCGAUAAUGAAAGAGUUCAUAAGACAGGAGGUCACUUUCACUUUCAGUGUCUGCAGCCUUUAAAUAGCCUGCUGCUUACUGCUUUUGCCAUCAUUGCCAAAUUGGUUUGCAGAGGAUCCUUGACUCUCAGCGAAACUACGAUAUCGAUCUUGUGAAGCCACUUGACCAUGGACUCCCCAAUGUGCCUUGUUAAAAACGCUGACGGAGAGCUCUGCGUAGAACCAGAGGCCAUCGACUACCUGAUGGGACUGAAACAGAACGUCGUAGUUGUGUCUGUGGUCGGGCUGUAUCGCACCGGAAAGUCCUACCUCAUGAACAAGCUGGCUCAGAAGAGAAGUGGUUUUGCCCUUGGAGCCACCAUCCAGUCCAAGACUAAAGGCAUCUGGAUGUGGUGUGUCCCUCAUCCUGAAAAAACAGACCACACCCUGGUGCUGCUGGAUACAGAGGGACUGGGGGACGUGGAGAAGGGGGAUUCUAAGAAUGAUGCCUGGAUCUUCUCGCUGGCCAUUCUGUUAAGCAGUACUCUGGUCUACAACAGUCGAGGGACCAUCGACAAUGAUGCUGUGGAGAAGCUUCAAUAUGUGAACGACCUGACAGAGAGGAUCAAGGUAAAGUCUUCCACUGUCGAUGAGGAGGAAGGAGAGGGCACCCAGUUUAUGCAGUUCUUUCCUAAUUUUGUGUGGACCGUCAGAGAUUUCACUCUACAGCUCGAGAUCGACGGCAGGGAAAUCACUCCAGACCAGUAUCUGGAGAAUUCCCUGCAACUCAAGAAAGGUACUAGUAAAAAGAUCAAUGACUACAACUUCCUGCGAGAGUGCAUCCGGAACUUCUUCCCCUCACGCAAGUGUUUUGUGUUCCCCUCCCCUACAACUCCUGACAACAUGCACCGACUGGACUCCAUGGACGAGGCUGAGCUUUCUGGAAGCUUCAGAGAGGUCUCAGAUACUUUCUGCCGCUUUAUUUUCCAGGAGAGCCGUAUGAAGACUGUUAUAGGGGGACACACAUUGACUGGAGAAAUGUUGGGCCACUUGGUCACCACCUAUGUGGAGACCAUAGCCAAAGGCAAUGUGCCCUGUCUGGAGAAUGCUGUGUUGGCCAUGGCUAAAAUUGAGAACCAGGCUGCUGUGAAUGAGGGCCUGGCGGUGUACCAGAAGGGAAUGGAGGAUGUGAAGGCCUUAUUCCCAGUGGACGUCAAUCAGCUGUCAGAGAACCACCUUCAAUCAGAGACCCAGGCCACAAAGGCAUUCAUGAAGCGAUCCUUCAAAGACGACAAUGGGGAAUUCUUGAAAGCUCUGGCGGAGGCCAUUGUCAACCACUCCGACGACCUUUUCAAACAGAACAAGGAUGCCUCCGAGAAGAAGUGCAAGGCCCUUCUGGAGAAUCUCUCUGCUCUGAUGGAUCAGGGGAUGAAGGAGGGGACGUACGCCACACCAGGAGGCUAUGGGCUUUACUGCAAUCACCAUGACAACAUAGUGGCACAGUACCGGGCUGAGCCUAACAAAGGAGUCAGGGCUGAGGAGGUUCUGGAGCAGUUCCUGAAGGACAAGAGUGCAGAGUCCUACUCCAUCCUGCAAGCUGACAAACAACUGACUAAAAAAGAGAAACAAAUCCAAGCUGAGAAGAAGAAAACAGCUGAGUUGGAGCAGGAGAAGGCAGCAUUCAGGGAGCAACAGGCAGAGAUGGAGCGCACCAUUGAGAACAAUCGCAUUAGCCAGGAGAAGUACUUGAAGAAGAUGAAAGAGAUGAUGGAGGAGGAGAGGAAGCAACAGCAGCAGGAGUUCAACAGGACGCUGGAACGCAGAAUGCAGGAGCAGAAAGAUCUCCUGGAGAACGGCCAUAAGGAGAAGGCUGAGCUAAUGAGACAAGAGAUCUUGGAGAUAAAGAAGAGGGAUGAAUUGGAAAGGGAGACCAAUACCCAGAAUCAGAAGGGUCUGAUGGAAUUCUUAAAUCAGCAGGCUGAGGGACAGAAUAAACAGAUGGAAAUGUUAAUGAGGGAGCUCAACAAUAGAUCACAGGCCCCUGUACAAGUUGUUGAACGACUUGUUCCUCAGCAGCCCUGUAUCGUAAUUUAUCUUUCAGGUUAUGGUAAAAAGAUCAGUGACUACAACUUCCUGCGAGAGUGCAUCCGGAACUUCUUCCCCUCACGCAAGUGUUUUGUGUUCCCCUCCCCUACAACUCCUGACAACAUGCACCGACUGGACUCCAUGGACGAGGCUGAGCUUUCUGGAAGCUUCAGAGAGGUCGCAGAUACUUUCUGCCAUUUCAUUUUCCAGGAGAGCCGUAUGAAGACUGUUAUAGGGGGACACACAUUGACUGGAGAGAUGCUGGGCCACCUGGUCACCACCUAUGUGGAGACCAUUGCCCAAGGCAAUGUGCCCUGUCUGGAGAAUGCUGUGUUGUCCAUGGCUAAAAUUGAGAACCAGGCUGCUGUGGAUGAGGGCCUGGCUGUGUACCAGAAGGGAAUGGAGGAUGUGAAGGCCUUAUUCCCAGUGGACAUCAAUCAGCUGUCAGAGAACCACCUUCAAUCAGAGACCCAGGCCACACAAGCGUUCAUGAAGCGAUCCUUCAAAGACGAAAAUGGGGAGUUCUUGAAAGCUCUUGCGGAGGCCAUUAGCAACCACACCGCCAACCUUUUCAAACAGAACAGGGAUGCCUCAGAGAAGAAGUGCAAGGCUCUUCUGGAGAAUCUGUCUGCUCUGAUGGAUCAGGGGAUGAAGGAGGGGACGUACGCCACACCAGGAGGCUAUGGGCUUUACUGCAAUCACCAUGACAACAUAGUGGCACAGUACCGGGCCGAGCCCAACAAAGGAGUCAGGGCUGAGGAGGUUCUGGAGCAGUUCCUGAAGGACAAGAGUGCAGAGUCCAGCUCCAUCCUGCAAGCUGACAAAAAACUGACUGAAAAAGAGAAACAAAUCCAAGCUGAGAAGAAGAAAACAGCUGAGUUGGAGCAGGAGAAGGCAGCAUUCAGGGAGCAACAGGCAGAGAUGAAGCGCAGAAUUGAGAACAAUCGCAUUAGCCAGGAGAAGUACUUGAAGGAGAUGAAAGAGAAGAUGGAGGAGGAGAGGAAGCAACAGCAGCAGGAGUUCAACAGGACGCUGGAACGCAGGAUGCAGGAGCAGAAAGAUCUCCUGGAGAAGGGCCAUAAGGAGAAGGCUGACCUAAUGAGACAAGAGAUCGAGGAGAUAAAGAGGAAUAAUCAAUUGGAAAGGGACGCCAGUACCCAGAAUCAGAAGGCUCUGCUGGAUGAAUGUAAUACAUUGAAAUGCUCAAAAGCUAAACAAGAUGACUCUUGUACACUCUUGUGAUCCACUUCGAAUGCC